AUGCCUCUGUUUUUUCCUCAGAAGCCGGAAGGUCCCCUACAGGACGCGACGAGCCCCACCGCCGGCACCACCGCCUCAAACACCAAUUGCAACGGCGAGGACAAGGAAGAGGCUGACAAUCCCGUCUGCACCCUCUGCGCCCUAUCCACCACCUCACACGCCUCCACCGCAUACUUCAGCGCCGGGGGUUGGUCGCAAUUCGGCGAGGACGGCGAGUGGCUGGGAGGCCGCCCGCCGUCCGCGCUCCUCAUGUCUGGGGCCCACGGGGAUCUCCUCCCCUCCGUGGACCUCCCUCCGCCACCUGCGGGGAUAAACCACCACCUGCAACGCCACCCGCACCCCCACCAGGUUCACCAGCACUCGACGGCACCGUCGCCCGCGGUCCUCAAUAACGGUGCUAUUGCAGGCAGCUCAGAGGGGAUGCAGCACGGCGACGCGUUAGGGGCCCUCCUCGGCACGGAGUCCUUGGCAGCGCAACACCACCACCACCACCCAGCUAUGUCCACCACCACAACCUCCACCACUGCAAGCACUAUCGCCGGGCAGGAAUGUCAUGAACGGGGGCGAACCCGGGGGCAGCAUCCGCCGCCGCCAGCACCAUUGCCGUUGCCACUGCAACAAGACUACCUCCAGCAGAUCCAGCAAAAGCACCAGUCACAGCAUUCGAGCACGCCACCGUCCGGCAGCGCCGUGCAGCCCGCAGCCACCACCCUGAUGGUCGCAGCGGUGCAGGAGCAAGCCACCACUACCUCUCCUGCAAGUCCUCAGAACUGCCGGGACCAGGACACGGGCGAUAACGUCAAAAAUGGCAAUGAAGAACGCAUCCAUCACCACCAGCAUCACCACCAGAUGGGCUGCCUGAGCUGCUGCAGCGGCGACGUCAAUGACAGCAUCAUGCCCGCUGUCGCCGCGACGGCUGCUCUUUUCCACGGCGACGACAAAGCUGGCGCCGACUUAGCUGUCAGUGCUAGGGGCACUGACAACUUCGAUGCAGAAGUCCCUCCAGGCAUUGCAGCAGCUCGAGAAGACGUCGCGGGCAGCGGUGUCCACGGUCAUGUGGACCCCGUGUUGAAUUUGGUUUCGGAGCUGUACGCGGCGCAGGGUCGGCCUUGCUGUGCCUGCCAGGUGUUGUUGCGGUACUGCAAGGCGCAGGGGAUGGCGCCGGAGAGUCUGCGAGAGGAGCUGCGUGCCAGGGAGCUCCCGAAUGCAGAAGCACUGACCAAGGUCUGGGGAUGGGGCCCUUCGGAGGUGGCGCAGGGUAUCUCUGACUGCCUAUCUGAUCUGGCCAGUGAUCAGGGCUGGCAGCUUGUACGGAAUGACGACCUACAGUUGCUGUACAAGCCGCUGCCGAGUCAGGGUGUGCAUGCGUUCCGGGGGAGAUUUGUCGUGGACGCGCCCUUGGAGCACAUGAUGGCCCUGCUGCGGGAGGUGGACCUGUGCCCCACCUGGAACAAGUACUGCUCAUCGGCUUACGUACUGAGGGAGCUGAGCCCAGCGGACAUCCUGGCAUAUAUGUCCCUGUGGGUGCCCUGGCCCCUCAACGACGUGGGCUUCAUGGUGGAGGCCCAGGGGGCGGACCUGUUUGAGGAGGAGGGCCGACUGGUCGUUUGCUUCAAGUCACCAGAAAGGCAACAGGCAACAGGCAACAGCUCCAUCUCCACCGGCACUGCCGCCACUGCCACGACCACCGCCGCCAGCGCUGCCAGCACUCCUGGGCGAGGCGGCAGUCCGCACCCUACAUCGUCCUCCCCGCCACCUCCACCUCCACUCCUACCGCCACUUCCUCCGGGCGCGGAGCGGCACCGGCGCAUCCGCCUGCUGGCGCGCUCCUGCAUGGUCUUCGAGCCGCUGCCCCCCAGGGUGCCCGGGGGGCAGCCCCGCACGCGGUGUGCCGCACAGGUGUACGUGGAUCCAGGAAUACGCCUCGUGCCGCCCUUCAUCAUCUCCUUUGUGCUCAAGGUGCUGAGCCCGGUUAUGUACGCGGCGGUGCUCAAGGUGAUGGCGACGGCGUUCAAGUCCCCCAACAAUCCCCUGCCGAAGAGAAUCCAAGAGCGCGCGUACCUGUACGGCCUUGUACAGCGCCGUGCAGAGGCCUAUUUGCGGUCCAAGUCGGCCGCAGCAUUGGGCAAACAGGCGGAUGGGGUGCAUUGA